AAACACAUUAUCUUUAUCGUCAGGACGACAGGCUCUUGGACAGUCAGGUGACCUCCAGCGGACGGAACUUAGUGACGUCACAUUGAGGAAGUGGGGGUUUUUUCCAAUGAAUUUGCAGCAACAAAAAUCAUAGCUGAAGAGAAGAAUAAAGACUAAAGAAGGAUUUUACGAUGGACCGACCUCUCCUGGGAAGAGCGUGGACCUGGCACCGGUGCUCCUAUGCCACAUUUGAGGCCUGGCUGCCCAUCUUGACCUGGUUACCAAAGUACAACCUGAGGUGGCUUCAGAUGGACGUGCUGGCAGGCCUCACUGUUGGACUAACGACUGUGCCGCAGGCGCUGGCUUAUGCCGAAGUAGCAGGACUUCCUGUACAAUACGGACUCUACUCCGCCUUCAUAGGGGGAUUCAUCUACACCCUCCUGGGUACCUCCAAGGAUGUGACUCUGGGACCGACGGCCAUCAUGUCUCUGCUGUGUUUCUCAGUGGUGGGCGGGAAGCCAAACCGGGCAGUUCUUCUGAGCCUCCUGUGUGGACUCGUCCAGGCUGCGAUGGCGUUGCUGAGAUUAGGCUUCCUGCUGGACUUCAUCUCCUUCCCAGUCAUCAAAGGGUUCACGUGUGCUGCUGCAGUAACCAUCGGCUUUGGCCAGGUCAAAAAUAUUUUGGGACUCCAAGGUGUUCCACCAGAGUUCUUUCCAGAAGUCUACUCCACCUUCUCCAAGAUCUCAGAAGCCAGGGUCGGUGACACGGUUCUGGGUCUGCUGUGUCUCGCUCUGCUCAUCAUGUUGAUGUGCAUGAAGACCAGUUUGGGCUCUGGAUUACAGGACAAUUCCACCUAUUCCAGAUUCUCCAGGAAACUGGUUUGGACUGCAGCUACCAUGCGAAACGCGCUGGUGGUUGUCGCUGCAACGUGUACAGCUUUUUCCUGGGAUCUUUCUGGUCAUCAUGUGUUCACAAUCACUGGGAAAACAUCCCAGGGGCCCCCGCCCUUCAGACCUCCACCCACUUCAGACACCACAGCCAACGGCACCGUGGUUCCCUUUGGAGACCUUGUAAAGGACUUUGGAGGAGGACUGGCUCUGAUUCCCUUCAUGGGUCUGUUGGAGAGCAUUGCUAUCGCGAAAGCUUUUGCCAGUCAGAACGACUACAGGAUCAACGCCAACCAGGAGCUCUUAGCAAUUGGUGCCACCAACAUCCUGGGUUCCUUCGUGUCGGCGUAUCCGGUCACCGGCAGCUUUGGCAGGUUUGUGUGUGCUCACACACUCCGGUCCGUAAGUAUUUGGACAGAGUUUUGUCUCUGUGCUCCAUCACAAUGGAGUUAAAAAGAAACAAUCCAGAUGCCAACAUUCAGCUU